CUCGCGCUCGCUGUGCGCGAGAGGACUGAGUGCGUCCACACCUUAUACCGGCGUCUUGUUCUUCGGACUUUUUGUUUUUGAAAUAUCUUCAGUCGUCUCAAGCGUGUAGCAGACUUCAGGAAUAACCUGAGAAACACCGACUGUAUAUGAGCAAAUUUUUUUCUUCCUCUGGUCAGCCUGAGUCGGUUUUUGUGAUUUACCGAAUUUGAGCGUGCGUCCAUCCCAGGUAGUCGCUGCUGUGUGUAACAUCAGGCUACUUUUCAAUUUCUUUCUCCACUCCGUGUGUGGAGCAGCGGGUGAAAGUUGUUGCUGCUGCCUUUUAGCGUCGGAGAGUCUUGCUGUGUUCAAGAGAAGACCAGAAAAACCGACUGCUGACGGGAAAACCACUCCGGUUGCUACCAGUGGAGCCUGAGCUGAUGGAUAAUAUGAGAGUUGUGUUCAUCUUGAUCAUCCUCCUCUCCACAGUUUCAAGUGAAAAUGACUUGGACUUGAACUUUUGUGGCAUCUGGCGACAUGGCAAGGGCUCCCUGAGCCUCGCUGUCAACCUCUCCACAGGCUGUAAAGGGAUCUCAAUCUCGGCCAAUACGAGCUCUCUGUCCAUUGAUGGGCAGAUCACAGCCCAGUGCAGGCGGUCUGAUGUUAUUCCCCUCAAGCAGUUUGGAUUUGAUUCAGCAGGGGAUAGUAACUUUUGUCUGUACUGGGAGCCAUUGCUGGACCAGUUGAAGCUGCAGAUCAAAGGAAAGAACAUUACUCUGUGCUGGCCUGCCAGCCUGCAGCAUUCCUGCUGCACAGAUCUGUCUCAUGGCUCCAACACACCCACAGCACCCUACGGCAUCUUCAAUGGAACGGUCAAAAGUGAUCCAAUCACCGAUAAAAUUCAGACAGCCUACUAUUUCCAUGGAAUGUCCAUUGACUGCAAAGCGUUAUGUGAUCAAGUGAGCCCUGGACCCACCCGAGUCACCAUAACUGAAGACAUUUUGACGAGAUCCCACGCUACACGUGUUGUUGAGCAUCCCUGCGCUCACAGGUCUGAGGUGGAGAUGAAGGAGGAUUUCGAAGGCUAUACCAUUACUUCACCUGCUGCUCAAGGUGUAUCUGCAGAGUCCACUGUCACUGUCCAGAUCCCCCCUGCUCUGAAACAAGCUGCCAAAAAGACCAGCAAAGUAGUCCUCACUUUCUUCAAAAACAACUCUCUGUUCCAGGACGGUUUCAAGAAUGCCGGGAUUCUUGAUGAUGUUGUGGGAAUCACUGUGGAGAACGAGAUCAUCGCCGAUCUGUCUGAGCCAAUCAGGAUUGGCUUUCACCAUGAUGUCAUACCUAAAAUGCAUUCAAGGAAAUGUGUUUCAUGGGAUACCAGAAAAGAUCCAUUGCAGGUUAAUUGGCUGGUGGAUGGAUGUGAGACUCGUCAACAUGGAGCAAAACACACCGAGUGCCUCUGUAACCAUCUAACUUUCUUCUCUGUACUAGUGCAAAUGGAGCCUCGCCCAGUGUGCCACCUGCUGGCACUGACCACCAUUACAUCUCUGGGCUGUGCCAUGUCUGUGAUCAGCUGCAUAGCUCUCAUCAUUUUUCUCUGCAAGAAGAGGCGACCUCAGGAGCAGUCCACACCUAUCCACUUGGGCUUAGCUGUCUCUUUGGCCCUCCUCAACCUGGUCUUCUUCUUAACUGCAGUCCUGGCCAAUGUGGGAGGGGAGAGUGUGUGCGCCUGGGUGGGGGCGAUCCUCCACUACACCCUGCUCAGCUCCUUUGCCUGGAUGGGCAUAGAAGUUUUCCACACUUUCUGGUUGGUCUACGUGGUUUUCAGACCCUCCCCAAAACCCUAUGUAUGGAUAGGCUUUGUUCUCCCUGCUGUUCCUGUCAUCAUCCUGAUUGCAGUAGGUGACAUUUAUGGAAUGAGAGCGGUGCGGUCAUGUGACGACACAGCUGAUCCUUAUCUGAUGUGCUGGAUGAAAGACACCCAGAAGGCCUUGCUGGCCCACUACUUCACCACGAUGACAGUCCUGGUCAUCCUGGUGUCCUCGGGCAUUCUGAUGCUCUUCCUGGUCUAUAGGAAGAUCCACAGGAGGGAUGAAUGGAGCCAGAACCGGGUGGCUUUUCUCAGCAUCUGGGGCCUCAGCUGCCUCUUCGGGAUAACUUGGGGUCUGACCUUCCUAGACUUUGGACCCCUCUCUGUAUUCGUUCUCUUCCUCUCCUGCAUCCUCAACUCUUUUCAAGGCUUCCUCCUGAUGCUGCGGUUCUACAUGCUGGACUGGGUGCGGAAACAGGCUGGUGGCUCUGCUCUAGGCAGCACCAGCACCGGAUCUACCCGACAACACAUGCUGCAGGCCCAGGAGAAGAGUUAGAUGGACUGAAAAGAAUAUAUGGCACAUAAUACAGUAGAAAUGUCAAAGCUGUAGCGAUCAAACUUUUUUUGUAACAAUACAGCUUUCUUAUCAAAGUAAAUGACAAAAAGGAAAAGAAUGUUCAAGCCCUGACUGCGACUGUGGAUUCACAGUUUUGUCAGAUGAAAUUCUGCUGUCAGUUGUGGUAACUGCUGCCAAAUGACAACCCACAAGAGUCACUCCAAAUAGCAGUGAGUGAACUCUCCAUACCUUGUACACCUCUCAUUCUUCUGGUGUGCUUUGGUAUUUAAUGCUGCAGAUCAGCUGGGCUGGUAAACACAAGCACACUGAGUGAAAUUAGCAUUAUUGAAUUUUUCAAAACUGAUCUUCAAAUGGUUACCUCUUGGCCAGUGCCUGCUUUGCAGCUGUAAGUGGUAAUUUGCUACCAGUGUCGAGGUAACAAAAUGAUACCUUGUCUUGAGACAGGCUAUUAGCACCAGCUUUUCAAGUUAAGUGGGCUUGAUCAGCAAUUCUUGUGAGUUCUCAGAUGCAUUUUGCAAUUUUUUGUUUUGCUUUUUUGUAUCUACCGAUGUCACUCAAAUAUAAAGCAUAGGGCUGAUGCUUAACAUAAUCAACACCUUGCUGAAAGUAUUUGAAUCAAUCCCAUCCACUGUGCAGUCCAAACAGGUUUCUUUUUCUUCUCUGGGACAGUGAAGAAUAAAUGACACCAUCACUCAGGAACUCAUAAUACAGGCCUGGAGCCUAUAUUUGCAGAAUACUUAGACUGGGUCUAAAUAUAGAAGGGAAAGAAUUUUAGAUUUUCAAUCAGAUAAAGUGAGGCUUUUUUCAGGCAAACACAUGGAAGUUAAACGAUUGCAGAGAAUUGUUCUGUGAUUUCCAUUGCAUUGUCUGUACAGAAAAAACUGUAUAAUUGAAGCUCUCUUUGAACUGUAGAUAAGCUUUUUAUUUGUAAUUUUGUACUGUAAGCAUUUCUUUCAUAUAUAAGUUAAUUCUUUAAAGUAGCACUUUGUCUUUAUUUUAAUUUUCUUCUUAAGCCUCACAGAGUUGUUGUUUGUAUUGUUCUAAUAGGCAUAGUAAAGAUUUCAUAUCCAGUAUGUUUUGUAUUAUAAAAUAGCUGAAUGUUUUAUAAUUGACUCUGGGAUGACUCCUAUUUUUCCUGACCAUCAUGACCGUCAAGUAUAAUAUCAACAAAAUAUACACUGUAGUAAUUCUCAGGUUUUUGCCUUCAAAAUGGACCAAAAUGUGUGUUAUUUUACACUGAACUAAACUUAGUUUAAACAUGUCUUUCAUCCCCAGCACAACAGCACAAGUGAGUUUAUAGAUGCUGUGGUUCUUGCACUUUAUUUUCUAAAGUGAAAUUUAUGUUAUUUGAAUUCUGUACAUGUGAGUUUUUGUGGAUGUAAAUAUGCAUUAAUAAACAAAUGGCUGGGUAUGUCUUAAUGUGA